GACCCUGACUGUUCAUCCAUGCACCAGAUCUGGGGCUAUUCAAGAUCAUCAACAGACCAAAACACUGGUGCAGAGAGAACAUAGAAUAAGAGAUAAAGAAAAAGUUUGGAGAAAUGGGAAACCGCACAUCGUCAGACUCCUCCUACACACUCAAUCCAGCAUCACCAAAAACACCUUUGUUCACAAAUACAAUAUACAGAAUCCCAUCUCUACUCUACAUUAAAGAUGACCAAACCUUUCUUGCUUUUGCUGAGAAACGAACCUCACCAGCUGAUGUUGACGCCACUGUGCUGGUCAUGAGGAGGGGAACAAAGCAGAAUGGGGCCAUUCAGGAGCUUACAACAGCAAGUUUGGAGGGAUAUCGCACCAUGAACCCGUGUCCAGUCUAUGAGAAAAACUCUAAGACUGUCUUUCUGUUCUUUAACUGUGUGUUUGAUAAGGUCACUGAGCAAGAGCAGAUUCACAACCGUAAGAACAGGGCUCGGUUAUGUUACGUUACUAGCCAGGACAGCGGGAAGAGUUGGAGCAUCACAACAGACUUGACGGAAAGCGUGAUUGGAAAGGAGAUUAAAAAGUGGGCCACAUUCAGUGUCGGACCUGGGCACGGCAUUCAAAUGUGUAAUGGCAGACUUAUCAUUCCUGCGUAUGUUUAUUAUAUUGUUAGUUGUUGUACUUGUUGUUGUAUUUGUUCUAGUUGUUGUUGCUCUGUAAAACCCUACGCUUUUGCGUUCUACAGUGACGAUCAGGGGGUAACGUGGCACUUUGGACAAAGAGUAAGUGUUGAGUCUGCCGAGUGUGAGAUGGCAGAGAUCACUGACAGCAAUGGCAAAAGUUACUUAUACUGCAAUGCCAGAAGCUCUAAGAAAUCUAGAGUUGAGGCUAGGAGUCAGAACGGUGGAGGGGUAGAAACCCCUGAUGGCUGUCAGGGUAGUGUGGUGAGCUUUGCACAUGACGAGAAGACUUGGCUCCUUUUUUCCCAUAUAACUGACAAAAACGAGAGAAAGGAUCUUGGGGUUUAUUUGAAUAAGUCUCCUUUUAGUGCCAAUGGUUGGAAUAAACCGAGCAUCAUCAAUCCUGGCGUCAGCGGAUACUCAGAUAUGACUCAGUGCGACAGCAAUGAUCGCUUUGCUUGCCUUAUGGAACGUGGGACAAACAAACUUGAAGAAAUAGCAUUUACGGAGUUUUCUCUCAAUGAUAUCAUGAAAGAUCAGUAGAUAUAUUUACGUGCAUGAUAAUAACCUGAAUAAAAAAAUUCAAAUAUUCACCUAAUACAGAACAGAAUUCAGAAUAGAGAACAUGAACUGAUUCACGCUGAACCACCCGGCCAGUCUCCCGGUGACAGACACAGGUUUCAGAAAAACACACCCCCUUUUCAGUUUUAGUUCGUUUACGAUUUCAUUUUUUUAUUUA